AUGGUAAAGGCAAACUCAAGUGUAGAUGAAAAAAUUGAAACACUUGUACAACUGCGGUGCUUGGAAGGCUGGACAAACGGAAUACACGGAGAAUUGACGUCCAUUUCAGCGCUUAACAUAUUUUUGGGCGUUACUGCAUUUCUUGGAAAUACUCUAAUCCUUGUUUCGCUGCGGAAGGAAUCUUCCCUUCGUCCGCCCUCAAAACUCCUACUUCGUUGUCUGGCCGCCACUGAUCUUUGUGUUGGCAUUAUUGCACAGCCUUUCCAAGUUGUUUACUGGCUGUCGCUGGUUUACAAGGAUUGGAAUCUUUGUCCCUAUGCUCUUAACACGACUUUCAUAACAGGCUAUACUUUGACGUCGGUGUCCAUGUUAACACUGACUGCAAUCAGUGUGGACAGACUCCUCGCGUUGAUACUUGGGCUGAGAUACAAACAAGUUGUAACUUUAACACGAACGUAUGCCGUGGUGAUUACUUUUUGGUUUAUUUCCACGCUUGCUGGGACAUUGUAUCUUAAAGAUUACAGGAUUACUCUGUGGUAUGGCUAUAUUGCCUUACCGUCAUGUCUGGUAAUUACCACUUUCUCGUAUGCAAAAAUUUUCCACUCACUUUUUCACAACCAGAAUCAAAUACAUAUUAUCCCUCGACAACAACAGCAACUAAAUCAAUCGGCGCCUUUGAAUUUAUGUCGAUACCGAAAGGCAGUGUACGGUACUCUAUGGCUGCAACUGGCAUUGGUUAUAUGUUACGUGCCUUACAGUGUAAUGGGUGUGUGGAUGAAUGGCAAGGUGUCUCCGGCAAACUUUGUUAUCCUUGUUUCUUCCGUCACUUGUGUUUAUCUUAAUUCGGCGAUAAAUCCUUUUCUUUACUGCUGGAAGAUAAGUUCAGUUAGACAAGCGGUAAAGGAGACUAUCAAACAGUUCCUUUGCUGUUUAUCGACUUAG